GCACAGUAUCUUCAGAAGCUACAGCUGCAGCACACAGAUUCACAGAUAGACCUCACCUACCUACUCCAGCUCGAAGCAGACAGAGCAUCUAGCUAGCUAGUUGGUUAGUGGCAAAGAGCGUCCGUGACCUGUGAGAACCGACUGAGUGAACGAUCAUGGCGGCGGUGUCUCUGCUAGGCCCGUACACCGGGGGCAGCGGCUUGGGCGGGAGGCUCGUCCACGCCAGGAGCGGCGGCCGCCGGCCAGCUGCGGCGGUGAAGCGGCUGCUGUCGAGGUUGAGUCGCUCUUGGAGAAGACGCGCAGCGCGGCCGAGGCGAACCGCGGUGAGGUUCGGGUAUGACCUGCAUAGCUACUACCAGAACUUCGACGACGGCAGUGCCCCCUGCGCCCACCACCGCUUGUAGCUCGUGCAGCAGUGCUUAUAUGUUCGCUACUGUACUAAUUGCCGGUGACUAUUACUAGCUAGCUGUUACAGCCAUAGACUCAAUGUACAUGAUGAUGCUUUAGUGUGGAGCUAUAUAUUUGAAGCUUGGAAUAGAAAUGGAUUUCUAUAUAUUAUUA